AUAGAAAGCUUAGACAAGAGUCUAGAAGAUUUGCUGACCAGAGUGGAUGAGUUUGUGGGAAUGCUGGACAUGAUUCGAAAUGAUUCCUCUCAAGUUGUCAAUGAAAGUAUACCUCAAAUUUACACAAAAGCUACAGAAAUGAGACAGAUAUAUAGGAAGAUUGACAAACUAGAGGCUUUUGUGAAGAUGGUUGGAAAUAGCGUAUCUGGACUAGAAGAACGGGUCAUAAAGGCAGAAACAGACCUUGGAGCUUUUCCAAGCACGUUCAAGAAAAUAUUGCACACAAUCAGCAUACCAUCCUUCCUUAAUAAAUCUUCUUCCUCACGACAACAGACCCUCUAUGAACCUCCAGUCCUCUUCAAGACUGAAGACUAUUUUCCAUGUCUUAAUGAAGCACCUUAUUGACGAUUUUUGCUUUGGGAUUGAUAUGAAUCAUCCAGAAUAGAGACAGCCAAGUGAACAAAAGAAAUGCUAACCUCAAAAUAGCUGCAUUUCUGAGCAUUAUUGAUGGCAUAUUGCCAUUCUGAUUCUCAUUGUCUUCCUUCAGGCACUAUUUUCAGGCAAUCUUUGUGUACGUUAU